UCUUUUCAGGACAAGUUCCGUACAAUGAUUCCAUGGAUAAUAAUUAUAUCCAACUUGUGCUUUUCAUUCACUGAUUUACAAGGUUUCGUUGGGCAAUAGCAAAAGAUCCUUGCCUUCACCCAAUUUAGAUCUACAUGGUUUGGGCCUCAAACCUUAAAAGCCAUGUGGGUUGGGCCUUUGAUUUCGAAGGCCGUCGGUGGUUUAGAGCUUCAUGUUUCAGACACAUCCCCAGUCUCCGCCGGCGUUGGUUUCGGCUCUCAGGUCUGGCGGGUUUUGGCCUUGCGGUUUUUGGAUGGCAAAGUUCUUUUCACCUCAAUCUUCAUCUGCUCUUCCCUCACCUCGCGCUCUCCUUCCAAUACCGAAACCGCUAUUCCCCACAACCUUAGUUCCUAUUGUAUUCUCAGUCUCAUGUUCCAUUUCAAUUGAUGAACGAUACCCAUCGCUCCAAAUCAAUUGCUCUGCCCCCAGCCACAGCUCUUCAACUGAAUUCCCUCAACCUCCUUCGACGGUAGUCUUCAUUAAAGGAUUGGCGUUAUCGACAUCUGAGGGAAGUUUGAAGAAGGCAUUUUCACAGUUUGGGGAAGUAAGCCGAACCAAAAUUGUGACAGAUAAAAAAACUAAGCAAUCUUUAGGGUCUGCAUUUGUUUGGUUUACCAGUGAAGAGUCUGCCAAGCUGGCUGGGAAGGAAAUGGACGGAAAGUUUUUUGAAGGGAGGUUUAUUUAUGUUACAAUUUCAAAGCCUGGCGCAUGCAAAACUUCAGGGAGGCCAACACCAUACAAGUUCUGAUAUGAAAUAACUUGCAGCAUUCCGUUUCUUCUUCCCAGGUCCAAGAAGUGGGCAUGUUCUCAGAGUAUAUCCUUCAAGAAUAAGAUAGGCACCUAAUGUUCAUUUGAUUAAAUGAUUAUAUUCUCAAGAAAGCUUGUUUUCAAAGAGGAUCAAACUCAUUUUAUUGUGAAAAUUUUCCAUUUUAACAUGUUUUAACCUAGUGUUCGACUGUACAGUGAAAACCUAAGUUUAGGCAGAUGCAUCACGUGCAAAUUUGCAAUCUGUAGUUUGUGAUGGAAACAUGUUUAAGGCAAGAUAUACACAUUUACCUGCUGAUGAGGCCUUAAGUCUAGUGAUAAAAUUAGCUAAGGUUGAGGUGCUGGAAGUAAGAGCUCUCAAGUUCAAGUCCCAUCCACCAGUAUUGGGUUAGUUAUGUUUUCAUAUUAUUUGUGUUUUGAUCAAUUUACAUAACAAGUGUGUUUUGACUUGGAUCAAUUCUAAUUCUAGCAUGGCUAUGAUGUAUCUUGUUCUCCUAUCUAUCGGCAAAAAAAGAAAAGUAUGUUCUAUGCCAUGCUGGGCUUGGGCUGGAACCAAUCAGGCUUGAAGUUUUCUAUUGAGCCUACCCCAUCUCAUGUGGCAAGGGAGCUUAAACUUAAGAGCCCAAGGGUGAAUUUAUAGAGCGUGAGGGGUGUAAGCAAAUCGGGUCAAGCCAAGUUUUAAAGAGUUUAGACUUUGUUCAUAAAAAUUUUUUUUUUGAUCUUGGGCCGAAUUUGAAUUCAACUCGUGUGGAGCUCGAGUCGAAAAUCAACAAGUUCAAGUUUGGUUUAUUUAUAAAACAAGUCACAAAAGAGCUGAGCUUUAUCAAACCAAGUCUCAAGCAGAUUAUCAGUAGCUCAACUCGUUUACAGCGCUAGUGAAUUUUAGAUCUAGGAGGUGUUUGAUACGAUAUUAAUGAGUAAUUGUUGCUUUUGUAGUUUUACCCUUUAUUAAUGAUGUUUGGAUGCUUAAAAAUAUUAGGUUAAAUUUUCAUCUUAUUUA